AUGGCUUAUCUCGACGAUACAAGUCAAAUGUUGGUAGAUACUACGGAUGUUUUUACAACUCAUCAAAAAUUUGCUACCGCAGAUGAUGUUGUCAAAUGGGCUCGAGAUGUUGGAGAUGCCAAUAAAGUCGGUAUUAUCAUUACUCGGUCGGAUAAAAAGAACGGAAUAAGAGGAAGAAAUGACAAGUUGAUUUUGGGUUGUGACAAAGGUGGAAAGUAUGACUCUUCAGAAAGUUCCACGACAUCUGCAUCGAAAAAGUGUAACUGUCCAUUUAAAAUUAGAGCUGCACCUUCAACAGAUGGUUCAGGAUGGAAAGUUCAGGUUAUUCAUGGAGUUCACAACCACGGGCUACCUGACCAAUAUCAUGGUCAUCCUCGCAAGGCACGUUUAACCGCUGAUGAAAACAAACGUGUUCAAGAUUUGACAAAGCGUAAAGUAGCACCAAGACACAUUGUUUUAGAUUUGAAAGAUCAAAAUCCAGAGUUUGUUGUUGAUGCCACACUUGUAUAUAGGAAAAGACACAUGAUGCAAAUACAGGAAAGAGGUUCCAGAACAGAGCUGCAACACUUGCUGCAGUUGUUAGAUGAUGCAAAAUAUGUCAGCUGGAAUAGAAGAAAAGAUGAUGGCUCCGAUGUUUUGAGUGAUAUUUUUUGGGCGCAUCCAGAUUCAAUCAAGUUGUUGAACUUGUUUCCCAUUGUUUUGGUUAUGGACUGCACGUACAAAACUAAUAAAUAUAGACAGCCACUGCUUGAAAUUGCUGGCAUAACGUCAACUAACAUGACAUUUGCUGUUGGAUUUGCUUACAUGGAAUCUGAGAAGACGGACAAUUAUCAUUGGGCGUUAGGUAAGCUGAAGCAAUUGAUUACAAAGCAAGAUAUAUUUCCUAGAGUAAUUUUGACUGAUAGGGAGUUUGCUUUGAUGAAUGCAAUUAAAGAUAUAUUUCCACAUACUACUAAUAUGCUUUGUACGUGGCACAUAAUCAAAAAUGUGAAUGCGAGAUGCACCGUGCAAAUACCUAAGGAUAUGAAACAGAAGGUGAAAAAUUUGUGGAGAGAUGUUGUUGAAAGUCCGGAUGAGGUGGAGUAUCAGUAA